AUGGCCCCCGCUAACAAGAAAGCUGCCGCCAAGGGCUCCAAGCAGGCCAACGCCGCUGCCAAGGCUGCUCUCAAGGGUACUCACUCCUCCAAGAACCGCAAGGUCCGCUUGAGCACCUCUUUCCACCGCCCCAAGACCCUGGUCCUGUCGCGCGCUCCCCGCUACCCCCGCAAGGCCAUCAACCACACCCCCCGCCUGGAUGAGCACAAGGUCAUCAUCCACCCUCUCAACACCGAGAGCGCCAUGAAGAAGAUGGAGGAGAACAACACCCUGGUCUUCAUCGUCGACGUCAAGGCCAACAAGGCCCAGAUCAAGCUGGCCCUCAAGAAGCUCUACGACAUUGACACCGUCAAGAUCAACACCCUGAUCCGCCCCGACGGCUCCAAGAAGGCCUACGCCCGCCUGACCCCCGAUGUCGACGCCCUCGACAUUGCCGCCAACAAGCUGUCUCUGGUCUAA